CCAAGCCCGCCUCUGGCCUUUGUAAAGCGUCAUGAAAGAGUAAGCACCGCCCCCCGUGGCGUGUACCUGUUAGGUGUCUUCCACGCCGACCAACUUUUUAGUUUCACCCUAAGUCGCCACACUUGAGUCCUAAAAGCUCCUGCGAGGGUUCGGAUUUUCAGAGUUAGUCAGGAAGGAACGCGGUCGUCCAGCAAUACCUGCUGUCCUUGCGUUUAGGCGCUAGGUGAGGUACGGCCAGGAUGAUGGAGGGUUCCGGCGUUGGCCGACUCUCGUCAAACCGCUGGCCGCCAAUGGGGACUCUUUUAGCCGAAGCGGACGCUCCGGAGCGCACGGUGCAGGUGAAGAAGCAAGCCGUAAAGCGACACCACCACAAACACAACCUGAAGCACCGCUACGAGUUCAUGGAGACGCUCGGCAAGGGAACAUACGGGAAAGUGAAGAAAGCUAAGGAGAGGUCCGGCAGACUGGUUGCUAUAAAGUCCAUCAGAAAGGAGAAGAUCAAGGAUGAACAAGACCUGGUACACAUUCGCAGGGAAAUUGAGAUCAUGUCCUCCCUGUGCCACCCACACAUCAUCACCAUCUAUGAAGUGUUUGAGAACAAGGACAAGAUCGUGAUCGUGAUGGAGUACGCGAGCCGGGGUGACCUGUACGACUACAUCUGCGACAGGAGAACCAUCUCUGAGCGGGAAUCCAGGCACUUCUUCAGACAAAUUGUGUCCGCCGUGCACUAUUGCCAUCAGAAUGGAAUAGUACACCGGGAUCUAAAACUGGAGAAUAUUCUACUGGAUGGCAAUGGCAACGUCAAGAUUGCAGACUUUGGCUUGUCCAACCUUUACAACGGGGACGAGUACCUGCAGACGUUUUGUGGCAGCCCACUGUACGCGUCCCCAGAGAUUGUAAAUGGACGCCCAUACCGUGGCCCGGAGGUGGACACGUGGUCCCUCGGGGUGCUGUUGUACACCAUGGUCCACGGCACUAUGCCCUUUGAUGGAAACAGCCACAAGGCACUGGUCCAGCAGAUUAGCACCGGAAACUACCGCAAACCAAUCAAACCUUCUGAUGCUUGUGGCCUCAUUCGCUGGAUGCUGAUGGUAAACCCAGAUCGCAGAGCUACCAUAGAGGAGAUAGCGGGACACUGGUGGCUGAACUGGGGCUACCAGAAGUCCCUCUUGGGUGAGACGAAAGUGGAGGAGACGACGUCCACAAAAUCGAUGUCCCACCCGGCCGGGCUGGCCAGCGUUGCCAGUUGGCUGCGGCGUACAUCCAGACCUUUGCUGGAGAACGGCUCCAAGAUGCGCUGCCUGCUCCGCCCACACGGCAGCGGCGGCGACGUGGUGCGCCAACGCUCUCUGCGUAGGUCGCGGAAGGAGAACAACGUCUCCCAGCCUGCGCACGAAACAUGUGCGGACACUCGGCCUUCCAAGGGUAUUUUGAAAAGAAGAAAUAGUAUCAAACAGAAAGUCACGAGCGAGGUUCCCGCGGUCGCAACACUGGAGCAUCAGAGUAUUUUGGGUUUGUCCCCCACAGCCAGUGCAGCCUGUGCUGCGACGCAACCUCGGAAAGGUAUCCUAAAGAAGCCCACAGAGCAGGAGUCAGGCUACUACUCCUCCUCUCCUGAGAAUAGUGACUCCGGCUUUAAAGCGUGCCCCUCAGCACCAACCCAUCGGAAAGGCAUCCUUAAGCGGAACGGGAAGUACUCCUCAGGCGGGCUGCAGGAGUUUGGCUCCUUGGAUCAGCUGGCGGUUUCUUUACCGCACCGGGGCUCCAGGAUGAGGCCAGGUGAGGCCAUCAGCAAGGACAGCAUUCUGUCCUCUGAGUCUUUUGACCAGCUGGAUCUUCCAGACCGUGUCGGACCACCGGCACACACGGAGAAAGCAGGCAGGCCCUUAAUGAGAGCAUGCGUGUCUGCCGACAACCUGCUGGGAAUCCAAGAAGACCGUGUGCUGGGAGAGCAGAGGCCGUGGAGCUGCUACGAGUCCGGGAUGGCCGACAGCGCCUUCUCCAUUACAGACUGCGAUAAUGUGACUGAAGCUUACAAGCAGGCCUUGAAUAUUAACAGCUGAGCUCCACUGAACUAACUUCAAGUGUACUGUUGCAAAAUAGCAGCGCACUUGAGCCAACAUCACAAAUUGCACGAUACCAAAAAAAGGGAAGCACAAAGGGAUACUUGGUUGUAAAGUGAAAUGCGUUUUCUCCAUAUACAGUACAGUCAAACCUGUUUGUGUUGACAACUAACUCACGCCCCACCUGAAGUCAACAUAACAUGUGACAGCCAAAGGGGUCUUUUCUAUGAGUCUGUUUAUUUAGACGUGUUUUAGUAUCGACGAUUGUAUCAUUAUCACUAAGCAGUGUUACAUGAUAACGGCGACAUGACUACUUUUUUAAGACUCCAUUAAAACAUGCACAGGGUUCAGUGCAAAGUAUGCGCUUCAAAAUAAAAGCAUGUCAUUGAUAAUCUGGAUAGUAAGGAAGAAGAAUCCAAACAAAAAUAUGCAAAAAUGAACAACGUUUAUAACAAAAAAAAACUGCAGUAGGUUACAAAAUUUUGAGUAUCGUCCUCCUGUCAACAUCCAAAGUCACAAGUAAAUGUGUAAGCAAAGACUAUUGACUGUUUCGGUUAGGUCGACAACCGCUUAUGACAACAUGAGUCAGGGGUUCUACUGUGUAGGCCAAAAAGAAUCAGUUAUUUCUCACCCAGACAGUUUGAUAAGCAUUUAUGGCUUUAUGGCGUGUUUAUCAUUUGAUGCCGACAUGAGGGUUGCUUGGCUCUCAGAUUUGACUACAUUUUACGGCGCAAAGACACACAGCUUCUCAGGAUGCCAAAGAGCACUUUCUUUUAUGGUAUUUAGGAAUGCACAGGGCGUUUUGAUCGUUGUUUAUAAUUCAUGUUUUCCAUUGAACUGGAAUAGUUACGGUGACACACUGACUCAUGACAAGAAGAACCAGUUGGACCUGUGGUAGCGCCCAAAUUGUCACUGGAACACAUGCACAGGCCUUGAAGAGAUUAGGGUUUGUUUUUGCCCUUUCUCCUGUCUUGAGCGUGGAAAAACGGCAGCAUCUGUUUAGCCUGAACGAUGAGCUUUAUUAACUGAAUGUUAAUGUGUAACCGUGGAAGUAAACAUUAAAGAUGGCGCUAAGGUGUCUUUGGGUUCUUGGCUUAGGGCUUCAGUUUUAUUUGAAAACACCUGACUGGAUUGUAUGUUAUCCCAUCAAAAAUAGCUGAAGUGCAUAACAGGUGUACACCCAUACUGACAGCAUUAUGCUAUUAAACUGCUUGUUAUAUGAGUGUCCCUACAGGUUUCUUUUAUUUUUUGUUGUGUCUUACUUCACAUUGAAAUUCUUAACACGAGUAUAGAGUAAUGAAUAAAACCGUAACCAAAAAGUGCUGAUAAAACUGAUAAAUGUAUUUGUAUCAUUUAAGAAAAAGGUAUGCACAGAGCAGGUCAAGCCUAUCCCUCCUGAAUUUGGAAUGUAGAUUUUGUUUGUGUUUUUCCUGAUAAACUGAAGCUCAUCAGAAAUGAAAAUGCAGCAGAAAAAUCUCACAAUUUCAACAAGUUCUUGUCAUUUCAGGAAUGGAAUAAGUUGUUUUUGCAUUUCGAUGUGAAUUACCUUUUUGUACCAAAUGUGGCAAACCUUUUUUUCCCACAUGUGCCAAAAACACUCUCUUGUAUGAUUAUGUGAUGGGUCAUUCAUGUAACUAGGAUGAGGAAAUCAAUAAAAACAAA